AUGAUUAUUAAGCCGGAUCGAUAUCUAAUAUUUGUGUAUGGCACUCUUAAAACGGGUCAACCAAAUCAUUAUGUAAUAAAGGACCCUGAUAAUGGUGAGGCCGAUUUUGUGGGCUACGCCGAAACUGUUGAUAAAUGGCCCUUGGUUAUAGCAUCCCUAUACAAUGUGCCAUAUCUUUUACAUAAACCGCAUUUCGGAAAGAAAAUAACCGGGGAGAUUUGGUCGGUGGACAUAAAUAUGCGAAACAAAAUGGACGACCUGGAGUCACAUCCUAGGUUUUACAGGCGAUUUGAGAUACCGGUGCUUUUGGAUGAUCAUGGCGUUCGCAGCCCUCGACAUAUCGUAGCCCGUGAUCGCCAUAAGUAUUAUAGUUUUCAUAAGUGUCCAGGUCCAAUAGGUGUGGCUUAUAGUCUAUGA